GGUUACCGUCCCCCAAAACCUCGCGCCCCCUAUAUAUUUAAAACCCUAAACCAUCGUUCUUACUUCGUGCUACUUUUCCAUUGUUCUAAAACCCUAGCCGGAACUAUCCUUCGCCGUCCCCUCUCUCAGUCACUGAAAUGAGACCUCCUCGAGGCCGCGGCGGUGGUGGUGGGUUUAGGGGCAGAGGUGAUGGAGGAAGGGGAGGCAGAGGCAGAGGUGGCGGUGGAGGUAGAGGCGGCGGUGGUGGUAGAGGUAUGUCAAGCCGUGGUGGUGGUCGUGGAGGUGGAGGUGGAAGAGGUCGUGGUGGAGGUAGAGGAGGGGGUAUGAAAGGUGGAAGCAAAGUUGUUGUUGAACCUCAUAGACAUGAGGGUAUUUUCAUAGCUAAGGGUAAAGAAGAUGCUCUUGUCACGAAGAAUAUGGUAACUGGAGAAUCUGUCUACAACGAGAAGAGGGUAUCCGUACAGAAUGAAGAUGGAACAAAAAUUGAGUACAGAGUUUGGAACCCAUUUAGGUCUAAGUUGGCUGCUGCUGUUCUUGGUGGUGUUGAUGACAUAUGGAUUAAACCUGGUGCUCGAGUGUUGUAUCUUGGUGCUGCUUCAGGAACAACAGUAUCUCACGUCUCAGAUGUUGUUGGCCCUUCCGGUAUAGUGUAUGCUGUUGAAUUCUCCCAUAGAAGUGGUAGAGAUUUGGUCAACAUGGCAAAGAAGCGCACUAAUGUUAUACCUAUUAUUGAAGAUGCUAGACACCCAGCUAAGUACCGAAUGUUGGUUGGUAUGGUGGAUGUGAUAUUUUCAGAUGUUGCUCAGCCAGAUCAGGCAAGAAUCUUAGCACUUAAUGCGUCAUACUUUCUCAAAGCCGGUGGCCAUUUUGUUAUAUCUAUCAAGGCCAACUGCAUUGACUCGACAGUUCCUGCAGAGGCUGUGUUUGCAAGUGAAGUUAAUAAGCUCAAAGCAGAUCAGUUCAAACCGACUGAGCAGGUGACCCUCGAACCAUUCGAGCGAGAUCAUGCUUGUGUUGUUGGUAUCUAUAGGGCGCCAAAGAAACAGAAGGCUGCUGCAGCUUCUUAGACAGUCAAAACUGUGAUCUGUAGUUUAUCAAUGUUUCUUAUCAAUAGCUUGUAGGGGCGUAGGUGAGGCCUUGACGUUAAAAGAAAACCAAUAUAACUCAGAUUGUAAGAUUUUUAUCGUUCACAAUUUUGGUGAUUAUUGAGGAAAGAACUUCUGCAUCUUUUUUCUUCU